CUUCACCUCACUCCUUCCUUCACGACAACCUCAAUCGAUCCUUCCACAUCACAAUCGAGACAAUGGUGUCCACCGCUCACCGAGAUGACACAUGGGAUCGAGCUGUAGUAAUCCUUCCAUUUCAUGGAUAGGCUUGCUGCAUGCUUUCAAUUACGAUCCCAGGUCUACUCGAAUACAUCACAAACGGAUUGAAUAAGGGUUCGACUCUCCACAAGAUACCUCUCCACCAUGGCUUCUGCCUUCAACAGCCUCCUCCCUCACUCACGGAUCUCUCGAUCUGAGAGCUCUCAGAGAGGUACAACCAUGGCAUUAAAGGAGAUCGACAUGGCCUCAAGCUCGCAGAUUUAUCCUGGAAGUUUGCAUCGCCAUCAAAGGUCGAUUCCAUCGGUCACUCACUACCGCAGUAUGCUCGAUGUCGAUACGCCAAGUCUAUCUCCGAUGGCAUUCCAAACCGAGGAGUCCAUGGAAAACUGGGUUGCCGAAAAGCUUGAUCAGACAUCGCGGAAGCAUAAAACGGAGAAUUGGGCUGACAUCUUGUGUUUCUAUACAGCCACAAAUGGCGUUGCCCCAGCGGCACCCACCAGAGCCCCAGCACCAGUUCCUAAUGGCAAGGCUGUAUCUCCAACCUUGGAGGCACCGCAGACCGUGAGCUCAACAGAUCCAAAAAUCGCUGCUCAACAAGCUUCGGAUAUGCGCAACAUUGUGCGACGAAAGCUCACUGGCUACGUUGGAUUCGCAAAUCUGCCCAACCAGUGGCACCGAAAGAGUGUCCGAAAGGGAUUCAACUUCAACGUUAUGGUAGUUGGUGAAUCUGGCCUCGGAAAGUCUACGCUGGUGAACACUUUAUUCAACACUUCGCUCUACCCACCCCGUGAGCGCAAAGGCCCCAGUCUGGACAUUAUUCCAAAGACUGUUUCUAUUCAAUCCAUAAGCGCAGAUAUUGAGGAGAAUGGCGUUCGUUUACGUUUGACCGUUGUUGAUACCCCGGGUUUUGGUGACUUUGUCAAUAAUGAUGAGUCGUGGCGUCCAAUUGUCGAUAACAUUGAGCAACGUUUUGAUGCAUACUUGGAUGCUGAGAACAAGGUCAACCGCAUGAACAUCGUUGACAACCGUGUUCAUGCCUGUGUUUAUUUCAUUCAGCCAACUGGCCAUGCUUUGAAGCCUCUGGAUAUCGAGGUUAUGCGCAGACUGCAUACCAAGGUCAACUUGAUCCCAGUUAUCGCCAAGGCUGACACAAUGACCGAUGAAGAGAUUAUGGCAUUCAAGGCUAGAAUCCUCGCAGACAUCAAGCACCAAGGUAUUCAAAUCUUCGAGGGGCCCAGAUACGAGCUUGACGACGACGAGACGAUUGCCGAGAAUAACGAGAUCAUGUCUAAGGUUCCCUUUGCUGUUGUUGGAGCCAACUCCGAGAUUACCAGCGCCGACGGACGAAAAGUUCGUGGACGCAAAUAUCCUUGGGGAAUCAUCGAGGUCGACAAUGAGGAGCACUGCGAUUUCGUCAAGCUACGACAGAUGCUCAUCCGAACACACAUGGAGGAACUCAAGGAGCACACCAACAAUGCUCUAUAUGAGAACUACAGAUCCGAGAAGCUCACUGCUAUGGGUGUUGCUCAAGAUCCCAGUGUGUUCAAAGAGGUCAACCCGGCUGUCAAGCAGGAAGAGGAGCGCACUCUGCACGAGCAGAAGCUCGCGAAGAUGGAGGCCGAGAUGAAGAUGGUGUUCCAACAGAAGGUCGCCGAGAAGGAGAGCAAGUUGAAGCAGAGCGAAGAAGAGCUGUACGCACGACAUCGCGAGAUGAAGGAGCAACUCGAGCGCCAACGAAUGGAAUUGGAAGAGAAGAAGUCGAGAGUCGAGAGUGGCAGACCGUUGGAAGAGAAGGGAAAGAGGAAGGGAUUCUCUCUCCGUUAAGAAGACCCGCCAAUAAUCCCGGACGUACCUCCGCUAUCUCGGUACCGACACGACGACACAUAGCCUCUUUACUUUCACUUCUUGUCUCUUUAAUCAUCGAUCCUAAUACUGCGAGAAAAUUACCACAAGGUCGAGCUCUGGGAGGGCAUAAUAAUCUGGCUUCUGCGAGGUCGGUUGUUUGUGCUACGUUCAUGGCAAAACGGGUGGGUUCGAGGAGUUUGCUUACUUACAGGCUGAGGAUUGAAAAGAAUGGUUUGAGAAAGGCACAAAAUUGGCUCUG